AUGCAGACGUGGAAGGAGGACUGGAGGGAGGGGGAGGGUUGCUGGAAAGACACAGGAAUGCGGUUUCGACGCUCGACGAUAGCAACACUCUUACACGCUGCUAUGUCGAUGUACGUCGGCGGUGUCCAGGCCAUAAGAGACGAGACGUUGCGAGGGCUGACGGAUCGACGAAGCGUGCUUGCAUCAAGGCCAAAACCAGGACCUAGUCGAUCCGACAGUGUGGUCUAA